UCCCAAGAUGGCGGCGGCGCAAGGCCGGAAGCCGGGCGGCUGAGGCGCCCCGACGGGGGCUGUGGGGGCGACGCCCCGACGGGACUUUGGACGCUCCUGAGCGCUUAGUACAGUGCUCGGCCCGCACGAGAAUGUGGAGUGGACUGUUACCUCCCGGGUUGAACGAAAGCGAUGUCGAGCUGGGUUCCGAGGACGAAGCCACUUUGGGUAACUGUGAACUCAGUUCAAAGGAAGAGAAAGAAGAUGAGGUGACAAAAGAAGUCGAGUUGUCUGGCUUACCCGUAAGCGGACCUGAAAAUACGGCAGAAACAAGUGCAGAAAUCGUCUGCGAAGAAUGUCCACCUGGAGUGUCCUCGGAUAUGUGGAAUAAAUUUCGAGACCUGCAGAAAAAAUACAUUGAACUGAAAAAUCAACCAAUUCCAAGAUAUAGAAGGAGAAAAAGAAAACAUGGGAGAGAUCAAUUGAAAAAUAAUGAAGAAGUGGCUGGGAGUCAACAGUCUUCAAGUGAAGACCAGUGGAAGGAGCUAACACAGUAUUUUGGAAUAAAUGAUCGAUUUGAACCCCUCAUACACAAUAAACAUCUUCAGAAGUCAGGCCUUGAAGUCAGCAUAGACAAGUCUGUGGCUGAAGGGGAUAUUGAAAAGGCUGAGGAGCUGAGUAACAGAUUAGCCACUCGGGAGCUCGGGGUCAAAAUCGCCAAAGCCGUUUCUUGCCGCAACUUCGUUAAAGCCAAAAAAGAUGCUGAAGCCUCCCAGGAGGCUCGGAAAAAGAAGAAACUGGCGUGGGGGUUUGAAGCAAAGAAGAGAUGGGAAACCAAAAGCAACAUGGGAUAUAUGUAACUAAAUCAAGUAUUUUUCUAAUAGAACUACAUACUAGAAGCAGCUUUUAUUGUUUCGGGUCCUUAUGCAGUCAGCUUCAUUGUGAAAGUAAGUAGAUGGUAGUUAUUGAAACUAAACACAAGGUUUGUUUUUAAUUCCUUGUCUUUUAAAUCUCCUAAAUAACUGUGAAUGUUGUCAUAGUCUACCAAAAUCCUUGAAAUAAUACUAAACUGCUAUCUGUGAAAUUUAGUUAUUCAGAAAUGUCAAAUAAAGUUUUAAAAUUUUGUGUUUA